AUUAUGACAAAUAUAGAAACUGGAUUUAUAUAUAAAUAUAGGCAAAGGUUUAACCGAACCACUGCUUUAUUUUGUCAGUAUUUCGAAAACUCUUCGGUUAUGAAUCGAUUGUUUUGGAUAGGUAUUGCUUGUACUCUUGUACUCGCCAUCAUUUCUAGCUUCAGUACUGAUGCCGUUCCAAGUAAAAGACCAGUGAGACCACCAGUGAGGCCAGGAGCUAAACCAGGAGUUCCACCUGCAUCUCCAGCUAAAUCAGUACCUCCACCAGCCAAGCCAGCAGCUGCACCAGCUAAAUCGGUACCUCCACCAGCCAAGCCAACACCUGCACCCGCCAAGCCAACACCUGCACCAGCCAAGGCAGCACUUGCACCAGUAAAAACAGUUAAUGGCCCCACAACCAAAAGACCCCAUGAUGAAAUUGGAGUAUUGAUUGCAGCCACAGCACCAGUACUUUUCGGUGUUAUUGGUGAGAUUGUUGGACAAAUUCUUCAUUACAUCGCCAGUUAAGCGCAUGUCAGUCUGAACGAGAUGAUGAAGGGAGAAAGUGAAGACAAGCAUAUGAUAAGAAGAAAAAUAAACUUUUAAAUGACAGCUUAUGUUGUUUAUUUAACUUUCAAUAAAUAUUAUCAUCCUUA